AUGUACAGCAAAUUGUCCCUAUCUCUCGGCCUCCUGGCCACGGCAACGCUCGCUCUUGCCGAGCCGACCGUCUACCUCAUUCGCCACGGCGAGAAGCCCAGCAACGGGAGCACCGGCCUCAAUGCUGUGGGUUUUGAGCGGGCCGACUGCUUGAAGACUGUGUUCGGCCCGGAUUCCAACUAUGACAUUGGAUACAUCAUUGCAGAACAACCCAAGUCAGAUGGAAAACGCGACCGCGCAUACGAAACGGUUCUCCCCUUGGCUGAGGAACUGGGCCUCACUGUCGAUACUUCCUGCUCGAAGAAAGACACAAAGUGUGUCAAGGACCUGGUGAAGGACUACACCGGUAGCGACAACAUCUUGAUCUGCUGGGAGCACAAGGAGUUGACCAAGAUCGCUGAGAAGCUGGGUGACGAUGAUGCACCUACCUACCCAGAUGACAGGUUCGAUCUCAUCUGGACUGACCCUUAUCCUUAUACCAACAUCACGGACAUCACGAGCGAGAACUGCCCGGGUCUGGAUAGCUGA